GAACCAAUUUUAUCUUGUGUUGAUUUCGCACUCGAUUGAAUAAUUCAAUUUCAACGUAACCUCGAUCUAAUCCUGCUGAGGGUUUAGUUGUCUAAGGGUUGUCGUUGGAGAAGACGUUAAUCAAAUUGAUAUGGAGGGAAAAGGAGAUGGUAGAUUUAUUGACCCUAACAAAACAACAGAAACUUUGGAAUCCGAGGAGACCAGCAGUGGCGGUCUGUUUGUACCUGGGAAGGAUAGAGUAAUGUUCAAACCUCCCGAGAGGAAAUCACUUUUAGGGCUUGACAUUCUUGCCAAUACAAAACGUGGAGGACCUAGAGAUGAGGGGGCAUUCAGGGUCCCCAGAGAAAGAGUUGCAUCUGUUGCUGCAUCACUUGAUGAAGAUGAAGAGAAGUCUGCUUCUUCAGGACUUGAUGAAGUCGGAAAUGUUGUAUCAAAUGGUGCACGCAAUUAUGCUAAUAGGCGAUAUCGUGAACCGGCAUCGACUGUAGAAUCUAAUUCAGAGAGUGCUGUAACUGAACAUCAAUCGAACGACACAUUCACACAGCGGCACAAGGAUAAGUAUAUGCAGGUUCCAAGUGCAUCUACUGGAAGCUCAAGAUCAAGGAGUCCAAGUUUUGACAAUGCUGACCAUUAUAGGAGUAGAAGCAAAUAUAGGGAAGGCUACAGAAGUUCAAGUAGAGAAAUGAGAAGUGGAACUUAUAGGGAUGAGAGGACUCCUAGAGAAUCAUCACGUGGUUACGAGAAGGAUCGCAGUGGAGACUAUGAAAGAAAAAGGAGUAGAUAUGAUAGUUCUAGGAGGACACCUGGUAGAUCUAACUGGGAUGAUGGCCGUUGGGAGUGGGAAGAUACCCCACGACGUGAUGGUCGCAUUUCUAGCAGCAGACACCAUGAGCCUUCACCGUACCCUAUGUUUGUUGGAGCCUCCCCGGAUGCACGACUUGUUUCCCCAUGGUUGGGAGGUCGUACCCCUAAUUCUAAUGGCGGUGCUGCAUCUCCUUGGGAUAGCAUUGCUCCUUCUCCAACUCCAAUUCGGGCAUCCGGCGCAUCAGUUAGAUCUUCAAGUUCCCGAUAUGUUGGGAAGUUUAAUCAUGCUACUUUUUCUGGGGAUAAGUUGCCAUCAUCGGAGGAUGGAGAAGAUGGCCCAGAUUAUAUAUCAAAAGACCAGAAUGAAGAGAUUACUGAAAGUAUGCGUUUAGAGAUGGAGUACAAUUCUGACCGUGCAUGGUAUGAUAGAGAAGAAGGCAGCACCUUUGAUGCAGAUAGCUCCUCAAUUUUCCUUGGUGAUGAGGCAUCUUUCCAGAAGAAAGAGGCAGAGCUGGCCAAAAAAUUGGUCCGGCGAGAUGGGAGCAAGAUGACUCUCGCUCAGAGCAAAAAAUUAUCACAGCUCACUGCAGAUAAUGCCCAGUGGGAGGACCGCCAACUUCUUAGAUCUGGAGCUGUAAGAGGAACAGAGGUGCAGACAGAAUUUGAUGAUGAGGAUGAAAAGAAGGUUAUUCUUCUUGUCCAUGAUACAAAGCCCCCAUUUCUUGAUGGGAGGAUUGUUUUCACGAAACAAGCUGAACCAAUUAUGCCACUAAAAGACCCAACAUCAGACAUGGCUAUUAUAUCCCGCAAAGGAUCAACUCUUGUACGAGAAAUUCGUGAGAAGCAGAGCAUGAACAAGUCACGGCAACGAUUUUGGGAGCUUGCUGGCUCAAAACUAGGUGAUAUCCUUGGUGUUGAGAAGACCGCAGAACAGAUUGAUGCAGAUACUGCUGUAGUAGGUGAAGAAGGUGAAGUUGAUUUCAAGGAAGAGGCCAAAUUUUCUCAGCAUUUGAAGAAGGGUGAAGCGGUCAGCGAUUUUGCAAAAUCAAAAACACUAGCACAACAACGGCAGUAUUUGCCCAUAUUUUCUGUUCGAGAGGAGUUGCUGCAGGUGGUCCGCGAAAAUCAGGUUGUGGUGGUGGUUGGAGAAACUGGCUCUGGAAAGACAACACAACUGACCCAGUAUCUGCAUGAAGAUGGCUACACAGCGAAUGGCGUUGUUGGUUGCACGCAACCCAGGCGUGUAGCGGCCAUGAGUGUUGCUAAAAGAGUAAGCGAAGAAAUGGAAACUGAGCUUGGUGAUAAAGUUGGAUAUGCAAUCCGAUUUGAGGAUGUAACUGGGCCAAACACGGUGAUAAAGUACAUGACUGAUGGCGUACUUCUAAGGGAGACAUUAAAAGAUGCUGAUCUUGAGAAAUAUCGUAUUGUCGUAAUGGAUGAAGCACAUGAGAGAUCACUAAGUACCGAUGUGCUAUUUGGAAUCCUCAAGAAAGUCGUUGCCAGACGCCGUGAUUUCAAGCUGAUUGUAACAUCUGCCACUCUAAAUGCUGAGAAAUUCUCAAAUUUUUUCGGGAGUGUACCAAUAUUUCACAUUCCCGGAAGAACUUUUCCAGUUAAAGUCUUGUACAGUAAGACACCUUGCGAGGAUUAUGUAGAGGCUGCUGUAAAACAGGCUAUGACGAUCCACAUUACAAGUGAUCCAGGUGAUAUACUUAUCUUCAUGACCGGGCAAGAUGAGAUUGAAGCAACCUGUUAUGCUCUUGCUGAGCGCAUGGAAUCGCUUGAAUCCUCAAACAAGCAAGUUCCUAAGCUGUUAAUUCUUCCCAUAUAUUCGCAGCUGCCCGCUGACUUGCAAGCAAAGAUAUUUCAGAAAGCUGAAGAUGGAGCUCGCAAGUGUAUAGUUGCUACAAACAUUGCUGAGACAUCUUUGACUGUAGACGGGAUCUUCUAUGUCAUUGACACGGGCUAUGGUAAAAUAAAAGUGUAUAACCCGCGUAUGGGUAUGGAUGCUCUACAAGUGUUCCCUGUAAGUCGAGCUGCUUCUGACCAGCGGGCUGGACGUGCUGGAAGAACCGGGCCUGGAACUUGCUAUCGAUUAUAUACAGAGAGUGCAUACCUAAAUGAAAUGCUGCCUAGUCCUGUGCCAGAGAUCCAAAGAACCAACCUUGGCAAUGUGGUUUUGUUGCUCAAGUCUUUAAAGAUUGACAACUUAUUGGAUUUUGAUUUUAUGGACCCUCCUCCUCAAGAAAACAUCCUUAAUUCCAUGUACCAGUUGUGGGUUUUGGGCGCGCUGAAUAAUGUUGGUAAUUUAACAGACCUUGGUUGGAAAAUGGUCGAGUUUCCGCUAGAUCCUCCCCUUGCUAAGAUGCUUUUGAUGGGUGAGCAGCUUGGAUGCAUUAACGAGGUUUUGACAGUUGUGUCGAUGCUUUCAGUACCGUCUGUUUUUUUCCGACCCAAGGAUCGGGUGGAGGAGAGUGAUGCUGCUAGGGAGAAAUUUUUUGUGCCAGAGUCUGACCACCUCACGCUUUUGAAUGUGUACCAGCAGUGGAAGGCUAAUCAGUAUCGGGGUGACUGGUGCAACGACCAUUUUCUUCAUGUUAAGGGGUUGCGCAAGGCUAGAGAGGUAAGAUCCCAGUUAUUAGAUAUUCUCAAGACACUGAAGAUACCACUCACUUCUUGUGGUCCUGAUUGGGACGUUGUGAGAAAAGCCAUAUGUUCUGCGUACUUCCAUAAUGCAGCACGACUCAAGGGAGUUGGGGAGUAUGUCAACUGCAGGAAUGGAAUGCCAUGCCACUUGCAUCCAAGCAGUGCUCUUUACGGGUUGGGUUAUACUCCAGAUUAUGUAGUUUAUCACGAGUUAAUAUUGACAACGAAAGAGUACAUGCAAUGUGCCACGUCAGUCGAGCCUCAUUGGCUAGCCGAGCUGGGACCCAUGUUUUUCUCAGUGAAGGAGUCGGAUAUAUCAAUGUUGGAGCAUAAGAAGAAACAGAAGCAAGAGAAAACAGCCAUGGAAGAAGAGAUGGAGAACUUGAGGAAAUUGCAAGAGGAUGAAGAGAGGGAGACUAAGGAGAGGGAGAAGAAAAAGAGGGUUAAGGAACAGCAGCAAGUUUCAAUGCCCGGACUGAAACGAGGCUCUUCUACUUAUUUGAGACCAAAGAAACUUGGGUUAUAGAUUUUAUUUCUUUAUGCCAUUAUUACUGUACUGAAAAUCUCAAUGUAUGAAAGAUGACCUUGACUCUCCUUGUAUUAUUGGUAGAGAAGAUCCACCUGUAAUGUUCACUAUUGUGGAACGAAAAAAUUUAAAUUUUGUUCAUUACACUAUUUAGUUUUAUCCA